AUGAACAGCGACAGCAUUGAGAGUGAAAUUGAUUGGUCCCGUGAAACAGUCAUGCAAUUGAUUGACCUAUAUCGAGAGCAACCAGUUCUUUGGAAUCCGAUGGACCCUGAUUUUAAAAAUAAAAACCUAAAGAACUAUGCAUGGAAUGACAUUUCGCGGGAAAUAAAAGCCAGUAAUACGGAAGUACAGGCAAAAGUGAAAACAUUGUUGGCACAGUUUCAAAGAGAACUUAAGAAGAAGAAGAGUGGUUCGGGGGCAGACGAGUAUAAAAGCAAGUGGUGUUAUUUUAAAGCGAUGCUGUUUUUAAAGGAUAAAACUACUGCACGGAAGAUUAAAGAAGCUGGGAUUGCCACUGACGACAAAGAGGCUGCCGAUGAAACAGUGCAGGAGGACAUUGCAGAGGAGGGCAAUGACACAUCAAUCACAACUGCCGACAACACACCUAAAACAGGAACGGAUCCUCCUCGAAAAUUGACGAAGAAGAGGAAAGCUUCAAUUGUGGAUGAAGCUUAUCAAGUAAUGAAAAAAGUGUCUAGCCAGUUAAAUCAGCCAGGAAUUGAAGACGAGUUUGAUAUCUUUGGAAAAAACGUUGCGUGUCAAUUACGAAAACUUAAAAACUCUCGGGACCAAGCACUUGCAAAACACAGGAUUAAUACCAUUUUGUUCGAAAUGGAACUUAAACAGUUACCGAUGGGUCCAGAGCCAUCAAGAUCAACCAGUGCAUCUUCCUACAUUCAGUCAUACGAUCCAUUAACAUCUAAUGAAAUCCAAUCAUCCAUCAACGCUGCAAGUCCCAUUUCUGCUGAGUGGGCUCCUCAACAUGACGAGUACAAUGAUGCUUAUUGUGAUAAAAUUAUUCAAUCUAUAGGUUUAUCAUCAAAAAGUAACUAA